GAAAUACCAGGAGACCCUGCUGGUUACGGGGGUGUUUUAGAAAACGAUAUCGACGGAGAAGCUCUGGUACAUCUCGGCCACGACGAACUGAAAGAACUAGGGGUCGCGAGCGUGGGACAUCGUCUGUCGAUAUUGAAGAACGUCUACAACGUCAAGAUGGCCCACGACAUACCGAUGGAUCCCGACGACUACAUACCAGUUUCUGCUGACGAACACGAAAACAACAAGAUGGCGACGCAGCAGGAUAUCCAGCGGUUGAUUGAGAUCAUACGGAAGCGGGAUCAACGCAUAGUGGAGGCGGAAUCGCACAUCCAGUCGCUAUACGAAGCCAUGGCCCGAUUACGCAACGACCUACUCCCGGUCUGGCGCAUGGUCAAGAACAAAAACCAGGAGCUGCCGCCGGUAUCGAACGAGACGCCUGCGCUGACACCGGAGUCGGAACCUCCGCAAGAUCCCACACCGCCGACCAGCUCGUCGCUCUUGCAGGCCCCGCCGACAUCGGGCAAGGGCCUGUCGCGGAAGUUCUCGAUGAAGAAACUCAUCCUGGGCACUCCCAAAAACGCGUCGCCGACGUACCCCCCACCAAUGGCCGAAUACCCAUACGAGAACAUGCAGCAGAACGCGGUAAAUAACAAUCACAACCACAACAACCACAAUAACUACAACAACCAGAACAACAACGGACUUUCCUCCCAAAACCAGCCGGUGCUGCCACCACCCGCAGACGAUAUGCGCGGCCACCCUAGUCCCACCUCUCCUGGCGCGGGAGCAAUACACCACCCCAGCUACAGCCAUCACACAUCCCUGCCAAACAUGAACGCGAACCCGCCGCCGACGGCGCGACGCACCGAGCCGAUGCGCAACCCCUCCACCGCCGCCGACCGCGACCGCACAACCCCGCGAACACCUCAGUACCCCGAAGACGACCGGGGCGGUGGCAGCGAGCCGGACAUAUUCAAGUCGUUCCGAGUGUCGAUGGACGAUCCCUGCCGCAAGGUCCUGCCCGCGGCCCUCAAGCGAUACAACAUCCAGGCAGAUUGGAGAUUGUACGCCCUGUACAUCGUUCACGGAGAUCAGGAGCGCUGUCUGGGACUUGAGGAGAAACCGCUGAUCUUGUUUAAACAACUUGAUCGUGAGGGCAGGAAACCAAUGUUCAUGCUGAGACGGAAUGCCCUCGGCGGUGAUCCCGGCGGGAAUAUUCAGGUGCCUGGUGGCGUGCUAUAGUUGGCUUGGGCAGUGGGCGGGAACUGGGCGGGAACUGGAAGGGAAGGGCGAGCGGUGCAGGAGUUCUUUGUUGCUUUCUUUCUUUUUCGUUUUUUGGUUGGCGGGUCGGUCGGUGGUGGUGAAGGUUGUGGUGGGGU